AUGUCAAGAACUUUAAUUGAAGAUUUAUCUAAUGAAUUUUUUUAUGAAAUAUUCGAAUAUCUUGAUAGUUAUGAAAUAUAUCAAGCAUUUUUCGAUCUAAAUAAUCGAUUUCAACAGCUUCUCAAUUCUUCAUAUCUUCUAUUUAAAAUAAGACAUUGUUAUUCACAAUCGAAAGAAAUAAUCAUGAACAAAUAUAAACAAAUUUUUCUUCACAAUAAAAAUCAAAUAUUUUCAGUUCAUCUAUGGAUAUUGCCAGAUAAUAAUCAAUUUAUCUCAUCGUUUACUAUCGAUUCAUCAUUUAUUCGUCUUGAAUCUCUUGUUUUUAGGCCCAUUGAACCAGAUUUACUUAUUUCACUUCUUCCAAAAUUAAUUUAUCUACCUCGUCUUUUCUCAUUAACAAUCGAUACAUGGUCUGCUCUAAAAGAUCUCGGCAAUAUUUAUCAAUUAAUUUUCAAUCUUCGGAAAUUGAAAUAUAUCAAAUAUAAAGCAACAGAAUCCGAUGAUUUCGACAUAACUGUCUCACUAUCAAUUGCUACUAAUGAACAACAAGUUUUAUCAUUUACUACUAUAGUUCAAGAUAUUGCUUAUCUUGACGCUAAUCGAUGGGAAGAAUUUAUUUUACAAAAUUUGCCAAAAUUAGAAGAAUUUUAUUUUAAAUAUAGUACGUAUUUUGAAGAUCAUUAUGAAACUCCAAUGUACAGUGGAAAGCGUGAUCAAUUCAUUUCUCCAUUUUGGAUUGAACGACGAUGGAUACUGCAAGCUGAAAUCGAACUUGAUAAUUUGAUAUAUUCAAUUCGUCCAUAUAAAAAAAGAUGGUAUGAAUAUAAUACACAACAUAAGAUGAUUAAUUCUUGUGAUCAAUUGUCUAAAUUCAUGCGACUUAUUUUAGUCAAUAAAUCUUCUGAAGGAUGGCCUAAUUCAUUAGCCAUAAAUAAAUAUAUUAGUCAUGUUUUAACUGUAACACAAAUUCAUCAUAUGGAAACUCAGGAACAUUUUUCUAUUGGUAAAUUAAGAGAAAUUUUAGAUUUAUUAUCUGAACUUGAUACAUUACAAAUUUUUUCUUUAUCAUUUUCACAAUCAACAUAUUUGUCGAGGGAAGAAAUUGAAGAUCUUUUAUUUUUAUCAACUAAAAAUCAAAUUACAAAACUUUGUCUCGAAAUAAUAAUUCUGAUAGAAGAAGUUUAUUUCCUGAUUGAAAUUUUUCCUCGUAUUAAUCAUCUUCAAGUCAAUUUUAUUCAUUCUAUGGAUGUUGAAUUAUUUGUACGACUUAUUUUAAUACAAAUUAAGAUCAAAUCUAAUCAUCCACUUCGUUUAUUAUGUUUUUGUGUAGCAGCAGCCGAUGAUGAAAUGGUUCACAAAUUAGAAAAAAUGAUCAAUAUCGAGAAUUUGCUUGUUGAUUUUUACAGUCAAACGUGUAAUGAAUGA